AUCCUAUUUAUAUCUGUAUUUAUGCAGAAUACUAAUCAAGUUUUUUUUUCCAGCUCUUCCCUUAGAUUGUAAGGAGCUUUAUGAAGAUGGCAGGACUACUUCUGGUGUGUAUGAUAUAUAUCCCUAUGGAACCAUUACAAGUCCUGCCUGUGUGUUCUGUGAUAUGACGACAAUGGGCGGGGGAUGGACGACAAUUCAAAGACGAAUAAACGGAUCCCUGAGUUUUGACAGGGAUUGGUCAGCAUAUAAAAAUGGAUUCGGUUCACCAGAACAAGAUGUCUGGGUUGGAAAUGGCUUAAUACAUCUGUUAACAAAAGAAAACUCGGCCCUGUAUGUAUCCAUCACUCUCCAGAAUGGUACAACGCUGUAUGAAAUGUACGACAGAUUCUCUGUGUCCGACGAAGCAGGAAAAUAUCAACUCUCUCUUGCAGGACCUGCCACGGGAACUCUAGGUAAGUGUAUUCAACUGAAAUUCUAA